AUGCUCGAAGGCCUCGUUGCUGGCCUGCUUAACCGCUUCCUGGGCAUGUACGUCAAGAACUUUGACCCUGCCCAGCUCAAAGUCGGUAUCUGGUCUGGCGAUGUCAAGCUACGCAACCUCGAGCUGCGCCGUGAGGCUCUCGACCAGCUCAAGCUUCCCAUCAAUGUUAUGGAAGGCCACCUUGGCGAGCUGACUCUAGUCAUCCCCUGGUCCAACCUGCGCGGCGCUCCUGUCAAGGUCUUCAUCCAAGAUGUCUUUCUGCUCGCCAGCCCUAAGGAGGAGGCCGAAUACGAUCAAGAUGAGGAGGACCGCAGGAAACAGCGUCUCAAGAUGGAGAAGCUGGAUAGUGCCGAGUUGCUCAAGGAGAGGAACCAGGAAGGUCUAAGCCAGGAGGAGCAGAAGAAAAGCCAGAGUUUCACACAAAGUCUGGUAACAAAGAUCGUCGACAAUGUACAAGUCACGGUCAAGAACAUACAUAUCCGAUAUGAGGACUCCAUCUCGGCGCCAGGACACCCAUUCGCUCUUGGUGUUACCCUCGAGGAGUUCAGUGCUGUCAGUACCGAUGGCGAGUGGAAGCCCGUCUUCAUUCAGGACUCAAACACCGUCACUCACAAGCUGGCAACCCUCGGCGCUUUAGCUGUGUACUGGAAUACCGAUUCAGAUCUUCUCGGAACCGGUCGUGAAGCGUCAGCCUCAUCCGAGGGAGUAAUGUCACACGAUGAGAUGGUCGCCAGGUUUAGAGAGAUGAUUGGCAAGGAUGCACAAAAGGACUCCAACCACCAGUUCAUACUGAAGCCUGUCAACGGUCAAGCCAAGAUCGAGCUAGACAAGUCGGGUGACAUCAUGGUUCCCAAGUUCAAAGCCAACCUACUAUUCGAAGAGAUUGGUGUUGUCCUCGACGACGAUCAGUACCGCGAUGCCUUGAUGAUGGUCGAUCUAUUCCACUACUUCAUCCGACAUCAAGAAUACAAGAGAUUGCAACCAAAGGGUGUCCGACCCAAGGAAGACCCCCGUGCCUGGUUGGAGUUUGCGGGUAAUUCUGUUCUGUCAAAGAUCCACGAGCGCAACCGCAAAUGGUCCUGGGACUACUUCCGUGAGCGACGCGACGACCGAAAACGAUACAUCGAAUUGUUCAAAAAGAGGAAGCAAGGCCACCAGAUGUCGAGCGACGAAACAGAUGCCAUCAAUAGUCUGGAGUGGAAGCUCACAUACGAAGACUUGCGAUUUUGGAGAUCUCUAGCUCGUAACCAGCUGAAGAAGGAGAACGCCGAAGCUCUCAAGAACCAGCCACAACAACCCCAACAGCAGCAAGGUUGGAUAUCGUGGGUGUGGGGUUCGAAACCCCAGGAAACGAUUGAGCACAAUGAGGAGAAUACUCAAAUGACCGAAGAGCAACGGCAGGAACUCUACGAGGCCAUUGACUGGGACGAAAAGAACGCUAUUGCGGAUGAAGUUGACAUGCCUCGUGAAGCCAUCAAGAUGUGUAUCGAAACAUCCCUCAGCACUGGUAGUUUCACCCUGAAGAAGAGCCCGCAUGACAAUGCUGCGGAUCUUCUUAGUUUACACUUUGACGUGUUCAAGGCCAAGGCGCUGCAGAGGAAAGAUUCGAUGCUCGCAAAUGUUAGCCUUGGUGGUCUUCGUGUCAACGAUGGCACCACGCCGGACUCUGUCUAUCCCGAGAUUGUGCGAGUCAAGGAUGCGCCCACCAACAAUCAGCGUAAGCGACUGUCACUGGCCGAACUUGAACAACCCGAGGAAGACCCCUUCUUCCAGUUCGAAUUCGAGCAGAACCCAAUUGAGCGGGAGGGCGAUAUUGCUAUUGUUGGAAAGAUGAAGCCCCUCGAGGUCAUCUGGAACCCCAACUUCGUCGUUGGUAUUGCCGACUUCUUCAGACCUCCCGAGCGACACAUGGAGUCUAUUACUGCCCUCAUGGAAAGCGCUGGUGCAACUGUCGAGAGUAUUCGUGAACAAACUCGAGCCGGCCUUGAGUUUGCAUUGGAGGAGCACAAGACCAUCAACGCUGAGCUAGAUCUGCAAGCGCCUCUGAUCAUCGUACCUGUCAGCAUCACCACGGAAAACUCUACCUGUCUUAUUGUGGAUGCAGGUCACAUCCACGUCAACAGUGAAUUGGUCGACCAGGGCACAAUGAAGGAGAUUCAAUCCAAACAAAAGCAGACAUACAGCGAUGAAGAUCUCAAGAAACUCGAGUCUGUCAUGUACGACAAGUUUAUUGUCAAACUGACAUCUACUCAAGUUCUCAUCGGACCCUCUGUUGACGAGACCAAGGCUCAAUUGGUUGAGAAGAGCGACGAGGCUCAUCUUCAUGUUGUUGAACAGAUCAAUGUCGACUUUGUCGUCGAAACAUCCAUCCUACCGAAGGCGCCCAACCUGACCAAGUUCAAGGUCUCAGGACAUCUUCCAAUGCUUCAUGCGACAGUUUCUGACACCAAGUAUAAGAACUUGAUGAAGGUCAUUGAUGUGGCCAUUCCCAAGUUUAGUGCAACUUCGGCGCAGAAGAUUGAGCAACACAAGGAAGCUUCUCGUCCUCGCCUAAAGAGCAAUUCGUCCAACCGAUCUAGAAGAAAAUCUCAACGGGAGCGAAGACAGUCCACACCAUUCCCAUUCAUGCAAUCCGAGACCGCAGUCGUUCUUGACGAUAUGGAUGAAGAUGAUGAUGACUUUGAAGACGCGACAGACGGAGGUGAUUCCGAGCAACUCAAGGUCCAGCAACGCAUCUUUGAGUUCAAGUUCAAGGUCGACACACUCAAAGGUUCGCUUUACCGAAGCGACCCAGAUGGACAGAAGCCUGAUGCGCUGCUGGUUGAGCUGGUUGCUGAGCGAUUCGACUUGGAGUUCUACACCAGACCUUUUGACAUGGUUGCGGAUGUUUCACUUGGUUCAGUCACGGUCGACGACUUUGUGGACAACCCUUCGGCCGAGUUCAAGUCAAUUAUCUCAUCUGGGGACAGUGAAGAUCUCAAGGAAGGCCGCAGUCUGGUCCACGUCAAAUUUGUCAAAGUCAAUCCCGCUUCCCCCGAGUUCAUGCCUGUCUACGAGGGUGUCGAAACCAAUAUUAAUGCGGUUGUCUCUACAAUCAAUUUGAUCGUUACCCGGAAGACACUACUUACUCUGCUCGACUUUAUUCUUAUCACGUUUACAAACAAUAACAACGACAACCAGUCAAACAACAACAAGGCGAUAUUGGACAAUGAUGAUGAUGACGCCGAGAGUAUCAACACUGCAGUCGCAGUUGCUAAUGAGCCUCAAUCAGCCUCCAGUAACGGGUCUAUCCGAGUCAAGGUUGACUUGAAGAGUAUCAGGCUGAUCCUCAACAACGAUGGCAUUCGCCUUGCUACACUGUCAUUUAACAAGGCUGACGCCGGUAUCUUCCUGCGCGGAAAUACGAUGCGCAUCUCAGCCAAGCUUGGUGAUCUUUCACUCGUUGACGACGUUAACCUCGGUGUCUCGGAGGAUUCCCAUCUUCGACAACUCGUCACCAUCCAAGGAGAUGAUCUGGCCGAUUUCCGCUACGAGACAUUUGACGCUAGCAACCCCAAGGCAUACCCGGGAUACGACAGCUCUGUCUUCCUUCGUGCUGGUUCCGUCAAGGUGAACUUUAUCGAAGAACCGUUCCGCAAGAUCGUUGACUUUUUGGUCAAAUUUGGAAAGAUGCAGGCUCUGUACAACGCUGCUCGCCAGGCUGCUAUGAACCAGGCCAAUCAAUUGCAGCAGAGCCCCAGUCGCUUCAAGUUUGACGUUGUUGUCAAUACUCCCAUUGUUGUCUUCCCUCGUGUGCAACAGCCAGGGCAAACUGAGAGAGAUGUUAUCACUGCCUACCUUGGUGAAAUCUACGCCCAGAACAAGUUCACCCCUCUUGAUGACAGCGAGAAUUCUGACAUCGCUAUGAAGUUGUCAGCUGGUAUCCGCAAGAUCAAGCUCACUUCAGACUUCCACUACUCUGGAGGAGUCUCGGAGGAGCUCGAAAUGAUCGAUCACGUCGACCUCGGUUUUAAUAUUACAUACGCUGAGCACAAACAUGGUGCCAAGAGACCCGAGACCGAGAUUGAAGGUACCAUGUCUGACUUCAAUCUGCGGCUCACACAAUACCAAGUCAAGUUCCUCUUGGAAAUCUCAAAGUCGGUGCCUGCAGCCUUUGCUGGCGAAGGUGGCGAUAAGGAGGAGGAAGCUGCUAAGGCUGUUGACGAAGGUACUCUGCAACGCGCCCGAACUGCCAAUUUUGAAGAUAAAUCUGCCGACGAGAGGACGUUGGUAGACCUUGGCCCCGAACUUGGAUCACUUGGUCAAGAAUGGACUAAACUUGAUCUUGUCUUCCGUGUCAACACCAUUGGUCUUGAGCUUAUCAAUGCGGAAGAAAAUGAGCCUGUUCACGAUAUUGCCAAGUCUAGCUUGUCGCGAUUCUCACUCGAUGAUACCAAGGUCAAGACAAGAAUGCUCUCAGAUAGUUCUCUGGAGGCAGAGCUGCUCAUUCGAUCAUUUACAAUUUACGACAGUCGACCACGCGACACUAACAAGUUCCGUCGCAUCAUGUCGUCUAUGAACAAGGAUGUGCAACAGCUCAUGGCCAGUGUCACGAUAUCAGGUGGUAAGGAAAAGAGCUUGAUAGCUAUGGCGACCAUGGACAGUCCGCGGGUCAUCUUUGCGCUCGAUUAUCUAUUCUCGCUUCAGAAGUUUGCUGUCGAGGCGCUUGCUGUUGACGAGAGUAGCCCGAUGGACGAUGAAAGCAUCAUGGACAACACACCCGAUGAGUCGGAUACUGAUUCCAUGCAAGUGACUCUGGCUGGUGGCGCUUCCAGACCUCGAUCAGAGCUCUCGCGACGCCAAAGCGAGGACGUGUCCAAACAAGGAGACAGCAAACAAGAGCCCGCCAUGAGCAUUGCGUUCCGAGUCAACUUGGUUGAUGCGCAAGUCAUUCUGAUUGCCAAUCCUCUGACAUCCAGCUCCGAGGCAGUCGUACUGUCUAUCCGACAAAUGCUUCUUUCACAACAGCAUGCUUUGACAUUCCAGAUUUCCGAAAUUGGAAUGUUCUUGUGCCGAAUGGACAAGUUUGAGACCUCUCGCCUUCGCAUCAUUGACGACUUUUCAGUUCAAUUGAGCAUGGACGGUUCCAAGCCUCAGACCACUGACAUACAUGUCGAUAUCGAGCCUCUUGUCUUGCGUCUGUCGCUGCGCGACAUCCUUCUUGUGCUUCAAAUUGUUAGCAAAGCAAGUGAGUUGUCUGGCAACGAGCCUAAGCAGCAAGUCAAGGAAACCCCUGCCGAACAGAAAGCGCGCGAGCUCCGAAAUGCCGGUAUGAAGCAACGCUCUGCCAGCGGUCGAGGUCAGUCUACCAUCGCUGGUAGAAGCAAGGUGACAGCAACCAGUCACGCUGUCACUCAAGGUGCCGAUACCAGAGGUGGCAAAUCACCGGAGCAAGUGGCUCGGCAGAAUUUUGAGACCCUUUCCGCAACAGUGGAGGGCAUUCGUGUUGUCCUUAUCGGAGAUGUACACGAACUUCCCAUUCUGGAUAUUGGCAUUAAGAACUUUACAGCAUCUGCCGAGAACUGGUCUUCGAACCUCAAGGCCGAGACUGCUAUUGACCUGUACUCCAACGUCUACAAUUUCGCCAAGUCUAGCUGGGAGCCUCUCCUUGAGCCAUGGCAAGUUGGUUUCGGUGUCGCCAAGGAUCCUGUCUCGGGACUAAUGUCAAUUGACGUUGCCUCGAAGAAGGUCUUUGACGUGACUGUCACAACAGCAUCAAUCGCUCUGGCUUCCAAGUCAUUCCAGUUCUUGACAUCUGAUGAAGAUGUACUGGACAAGCCCCGUGGUGUUGAAGCACCAUACCGCAUCAGGAACUACACAGGCUUCGAUGUUCUCGUUCACUCUAAGAGCCCAACCAGCGAGGAGCCUAUUAACCUUCGAUUGGAAGAUGGUCAGGAAGCGCCUUGGAGCUUUGAGCAUUGGGAAAAGAUGCGUGAGAACUUGCUCACCGAGUCAAACCAGAACAAUGUCUCCAUUUCUUUGGAAGGCAGUGGUUUUGAUCCUGUCAAGAAUGUUAGACUCAACCGAGAGGGCGAGUAUCUGUACGGUCUACGUCCCAAGGCCGAUGAUGUUCUCCAUCGUCUUUGCGUUGAUGUCGAGUUGGGUACCGACAACAUUAAAUAUGUGACAUUCCGCUCUCCACUGCACGUGGAAAAUGCCACCGAGAUUCCCGUCGAAUUGGGUAUUUACGAUGCACAGGAUGGCCAUCUUCUCAAGAUCGAAAAGAUUGCGCCUGGUGACUCUCGACCCGCUCCGGUCGGCGCUGUAUUUGAGAAGCGUGUACUUAUUCGACCCGACAGUGGCUUUGGCUACCAAUGGAGCAACGACCAACUGUACUGGAGAGAUUUGCUCAAGAGGCCUACCAAGCAGGUGGUCUGUAAGGGAGAGAAUGGCGACCCGUUCUACUUUCAAGUACAUGCCCGUUUUGACAAGGCUAACCCACUGACCAAACACUACCCAUACAUGAAGAUCAAGCUCUCCGCACCCGUGACCCUCGAGAAUUUGUUGCCCUACGACUUCAAGUAUCGCAUAUAUGAUAAGGCGACCAAGAAGGAUUGGACCAACUUUUUGCGAAAGGGUGGCGUCAGCCCGGUUCAUGUUGUUGAGCUCUCACACUUGCUUCUCCUUAGUAUCGAUAUGCAAGAUACAGUGUUCAAGGCGAGCGACUUUUCCAUCAUCAACCCGGGCAACAACGAAGAUUUCCGCAAGGAGGGCAGGAUUGUCGUCAAGGACGAUCAGGGACUACCACUACACCUGUCGCUGCACUACCACAAGAUCCCCAACAGCGGUGGUGCAUUCAAGGUCACUGUGUACAGUCCUUAUGUUGUCUUGAACAAGACCGGCGUGGAUGUUCGAGUGCGUGCUAAGAGCUUCCUCCAACAAGCCAAGGCGGCAGCAGGUCAAUUCCCUCUGAUGGACACGUCAAACCAAGACCGUCCCAAGGCUUUACCUUUUAUGUUCUCUUUUGGCAAUGAUGAUCACCGCAACCGAGCCCUUCUCAAGAUUGCUGACUCUGAAUGGAGCAGGCCUCAGAGUUUUGAGGCCAUUGGAAGUACUACCGAGGUUGUGCUGAACUCGGCGACGAAAGACAAGGAGAUCCACGUUGGUGUGACUGUCGAAUCGGGCCAAGGCAAGUACAAGCUCACCAAGGUUGUGACGCUUGCACCUCGAUUCGUUCUGCACAACAAGAUGGAAGGAGAGAUUCUUGUCCGAGAGUCUAGUUCCUCUGGCUAUCUCACCCUGAACGAUGGUGCCCUCCAGCCUUUGCACUUUAUGCAAAAGUCAAAGGUGAAGCAGUUGUGUUUGUGUUAUCCUGACGUGAACAGCCAGUGGACUUCGCCUUUCAACAUUGCGGAUAUUGGUACGCACUAUGUCAAGAUUGCUAAGCCUGGACAGCGCCAGAACCUUGUCAAGGUGGAAGUUCUUAUGGAGCACUCCACUGUCUUUGUGAACUUCAGCAUGGAGACAAAGAGCUGGCCCUACUCUGUGCGCAACGAGAGUGACAUUGAGUUUAUGUUCUGGCAGGCCAACCCCAAUAUUGAUGAGGAAGUCGAAGAUCGCAGUGGCUGGAGACAGAUCCGCUAUCGUCUUCCACCACGAAGCGUCAUGCCCUAUGCAUGGGACUUCCCUGCCGCCAAGUUCCGUGAGAUCAUUAUCUCUGCGAAUGGCAAGGAACGACAUGUCAAGCUGGCUGAGAUUGGUAACCAGAUUCCGAUGAAGUUUACCACAUCCACUGGCAACCAGAAGAUUGUCGACAUCAAUGUUGCUGCCGAUGGACCGAAGCAGACGCUGAUUCUCAGCAACUUCCGCGCCAGCAAGAGUAUGUACAAGCCAAAGGCGCUGUCAAGAACCAACACCGGCCUCGAAGCUUUCGAAGUCAAGGAUCAAGAUACUGGUGCAACUUUCCGCGCCCAGCUUAAGCUGGCCGGUAUUGGUGUUUCUCUCGUCAACGCUCAGAUGAAGGAGCUUGCCUACUUGACAUUCCGAGACGUACAACUGCGAUACAGUGAUUCUCCAUUGAUCCAGACCAUCUCCAUGGCCAUCAAAUGGAUACAGAUCGAUAACCAAUUGUAUGGUGGUAUUUUCCCCAUGAUUCUCUACCCGACUGUCGUGCCGAAGAAGGCGCAAGAGGUGGAGGCUCACCCAUCGCUCCAUGCCAUGGUCAGCCGUGUCAAGGAUGACUCGUAUGGUGUGCUUUACGUCAAGUACGCAACAAUUCUACUACAGGAAAUGUCAGUUGAGCUUGAUGAAGAUUUUGUCUUUGCUCUUCUUGACUUUACCAAUGUUCCAGGCGCUAGCUGGACAGAGGUUGACGAGUCAGGCAAGCUGUGCGACGAGGAUCUCGAUAUUCCAGAGCCAUCAGGCCUACAGGCUGGAACAGACAUUUACUUCGAGGUGCUCAACAUCCAACCCAUGCAGCUUAACCUCAGUUUCAUGAGGACGGAACGAGUCAACGCCGAGGACAAGGCAUCAUCUCACAACCCCAUCAUGUUUUUCCUCAACGUCAUGACCAUGGCUGUUGGAAACGUCAAUGAAGCGCCACUCAAGUUUAACGCGCUCAUCCUUGACAACGUGAGGGUGACCACGGCGGUACUCAUUCAGAAUUUCUCUAGUCACUACAGCCAAGAAGUUAUGUAUCAGAUUCACAAGAUUCUUGGAUCUGCUGAUUUCCUCGGCAACCCUGUGGGUCUGUUCAAUAGCAUCUCGUCGGGUGUAACGGAUGUGUUCUACGAGCCGUACCAGGGCUUGAUCUUGUCAGAUAAGCCAGAAGAGUUUGGCUUGGGUAUUGCCAAGGGUGCUGCCUCGUUUGCGAAGAAGACAGUCUUUGGCUUCAGCGACAGUUUCUCCAAGUUUACAGGCAGUCUCAGUAAGGGACUUGCUGCAGCAUCGCUAGACAAGCAGUUUCAAGACCGCCGACGUAUCACAAGAGCUCGCAACAAGCCAAAGCACGCCUUGUACGGUGUCACUGCUGGCGCCAACAGCUUCAUCACCAGUGUCGCAUCGGGUGUAGGAGGUCUUGCGCGCAAACCUUUGGAAGGCGCCGAAACAGAGGGUGCUCUGGGAUUCUUCAAGGGUGUCGGUAAGGGCUUUAUUGGACUGGCUACCAAGCCUGCCGUCGGAGUACUAGACAUGGCCAGCAAUGUCAGUGAGGGUAUCCGCAAUACAACAACCGUGUUUGACCAAGAUGGAUUGGAUCGCACACGAUACCCACGAUACAUCCCACAAGAUGGCAUUGUGCGCCCGUACAACCCCCGGGAAGCUCUCGGCCAAUAUUGGCUUAAGCAAGUGGACAACGGAAGAUACUUUGACGAACAGUACAUUGGACAUUUGGAGCUACCAAAGGAGGAUAUGGUCGUUAUGAUCACUUAUGCUCGUAUCUUGCUUAUCCGAUCACGACGUCUUACCAGCGAGUGGGACGUGCCACUGAAGGACGUCCAGACUAUUGCUAAGGAGAGGACUGGCGUGAGUUUGUCGCUAAGAGGAGGAGCAAAUGGACCUUUUAUCCCGAUUGGAGAAGGUAGUGAGAGAGGGUUCCUCUAUAAGAUGAUUGGUGUUGCGGUGGAAGAGUUUAACAGGAGGUUUAGGAGCGGAGAGUAA